AUGGGUUUCUGGGGAAUUGAAGUGAAACCUGGGAAACCGCAAACUUUUGAUCCGGAGAGUGAAGAUGGGAAGCUUCACGUGACUCAGGCAACUCUAGGGGAUGGUUUUGGCAGAGAGAAGAGUGUGAUUCAGUGUUCGAUUGGAGGCAAAGCUCCGGUUUACCUGUGCUCAUUGCUGACAAACAAAACCGAAUGCUGCCCUCUGAAUCUUGAGUUUGACGAUGAAGACGGCAUAGUUGAGUUCUUGGUGACUGGUACCAGAAGCAUCCAUCUCUCUGGAUACCUGGAAGCUUAUGAGGAGGAAGAAGAAGAUGAGCUGCACGAAUCUGAUUCAGAUGGUAUCGAUAUUGAAGAUGAAUCAGGAGAGUCAUCUGACUAUGAUAGUGAAGAUGAGGAUCAGUUGGAUGAGUUUGAGGACUUCCUUGAUAGCAAACUCGAAAUGUUCCGCGGAUCUUCUUCUGCCCCUAACAGCGGAGUUGUGAUUGAGGAGAUUGAAGAUGAAGAGAAGCCUGCCAAAGAGAACAAGGCAAAGCGUUCCAAGAAGAAGAGCGAAGCUAGCAAAGAGGAGAACGCGGAUAAACAAAUCAUUGCUAGAGAGACUGCUGAUGUUCCAGUUCUGGAGAGCGAAGAUGAAGAUGGUUUUCCUAUUGCCAAAGAAGAAACACCUGAGCAAGAGAAGAUGGACUUGGAUGAUGAUGAACAAGGUAGCAACAAAAAGCGGAAGGCCAAGGCUGCUGAGCAAGAAAGUGGAAACAAGAACAAAAAGAAGAAAAAUCAGAAAGAGAAGAAGAAAGGGGAAAGUGCCUCAAAUGUGGAAGCUGGUGAACAAGUUCCGGCGGGAAAUGUGCUGAAAAAGCAGGGAGCUCAAGAUGAAACUGUAAACAAUGCCAUUGGUGAAGACUCCAAGACCCCAGUUAAGUCUGCUGAGAAGAAAAAUAAGAAGAAAAAGAAGAACUCAAGCGAGGAAGCUACAGUGGAGAGCAAAACCGUUUCUGGUAGUGUUGAGAAACAAAAAACACCUGAGCAGAAUCAGGCGAAGUCCAAUGCUUCUCAAGAGCGGACAUACCCAAAUGGGCUCAUUGUUGAAGAGUUGCGCAUGGGCAGACCUGACGGCAAGAAAGCUGCUCCCGGAAAGACGGUUAGUGUCCGCUACAUUGGAAAGCUUCAGAAGAAUGGCAAGAUUUUCGAUUCCAACAUUGGAAAAGCUCCAUUCAAGUUCCGUCUAGGUGUUGGACAAGUCAUCAAGGGAUGGGAUGUUGGCGUUACUGGCAUGCGUGUUGGUGACAAACGAAAGCUUACAAUUCCUCCAUCAAUGGGGUAUGGUGCUGGUGGUGCAGGUUCCCAGAUUCCUCCUAAUGCUUGGCUGACGUUUGAUGUUGAACUGAUUGACGUUAGAGAUUGA